AUGCAAUUUCUUCGUCGUUUCUCACAAAUUCGUUAUCUAUCAUCCAUCAAAACGAAUGUUAGUCCAUCAACGAAGCAAAAAGAACUAUCGGAAAUUCAGAAAUUGAUGAGAAAUUAUAAUAAUUCUCAUGAAUCGAUACGUACCUUAGCUCUCUUCGAAUGGAUGGUCAAUAUCUCCGACACCAAACCUGAUUUUCCAUGUUACCUACAAAUAAUUCGAGCAUGUGGUGAAGUCAAUCAUUUCAACUUCUGUCAGAAAGUACACGACUUCAUUAAAAACGAUCGAACAUUGGAUCAAAAUGAAUAUUAUCAACUUCAAACCAAACUGAUUUAUAUGUACGCGAAAAUCAACCGACUUGACUUUGCCGAGCAAAUCUUUCAGUCACUAACAACAAAUACGAACAAUCAAACAAAACACAUCUCUCUAUUCGGCACUCUGUUCAAAAGUUACAACAUGAAUGGACAAGCAAAUAAAACGAUCGACGUCUAUGAAAAUGAACUAUUGAAUAACAAAACAAUUGAAUUAGACGCUAUCACGGCUACAUGUGUAUUGAAUGCAUGUAGUGAUUGCCAUCGAUUAAAUAUCGGUAAACAUAUCCACAAUGAAGUGAUUCGCUUGAAACUACUCGAUUCGUCAAAUGUUCGGCUAGUAACUGCACUUAUGGACAUGUAUUGUAAGUGUGGUUCAAUUGAUCGCGCCAGAGAAUUGUUCGAUCAAUACCUUCCAGAACUCGAUUGUAUUGCAUAUUCGACUAUGAUGAAGGCUUAUUUGGCGGCCAAUCAACCUAAUCAAGUGCUGGAUCUAUUCAAACAAUUACAGUCGACGUCGAUUUCGCCAGAUGUUAGCCUCUACCUGCAUGUCAUCAGUGCUGGUAAAGAACUGCAACAACCGGAACAAGCUGAAUUCAUUCAUCGAACUAUACGUUCUUUACAUCGAAUCUAUGUUCCAUGUCGCUUCCAACAUGCGCAAGAUCAAUCUACGUUAGUCGUUGAACGAGCACUACGUUCGAUUAGAAUGGACGCAUAUGAAACAUCUUUAAUACGAAAUUUCUGUAUCAUUGCUCAUGUCGACCAUGGAAAAUCAACACUUGCUGAUCGUCUGUUAGAAUUAACAGGUACAAUACCGAAAUCCAAAGAGAAUCGUCAAGUUCUUGAUAAACUCGAAGUUGAACGCGAACGUGGCAUAACUGUGAAAGCAGCUGCAGUCUCUAUGUUCUAUCCAUAUCAAAAUCAAACAUAUCUACUCAAUCUUAUUGACACACCUGGGCAUGUAGAUUUCUCCACAGAAGUUGCUCGAUCAUUAUCUGCUUGUCAAUCGGCCAUCCUUCUCGUCGAUGCUGCGCAAGGCAUUCAAGCACAAACAGUGGCGAAUUUUCUACUUGCCUGCGAUUCAUUCAUGGAAGUCAUUGCUGUCAUAAAUAAAAUCGAUUUGAAAGAAGCGAAAGUCGAACGAACUAUACGUCAAAUUGAAUCAGAAUUUGGACUUCCAGCAAAGAAUAUUAUUCAAGUAUCUGCGAAGCAUGGAACUAAUUGUGACAAGAUAUUAGAAGAGAUUGUCAAACAACUUCCCUCACCGAAUUAUUCUCGAACAAAACCUCUUCGAUUGUUUGUUUUUGAUUCGGCGUUCGCAUCGAAUAUUAAUUCAACGGUUAUCAACGUUGCAGUCACCGAUGGAAUCGUUCGCGCAGGAGAUAAAAUUGCUAGUAAAUUAUCUGGAAAGAAUUAUACUGUUUUAGAAACAGGUAUAUUUACGUACCCGGAUCGAGUGAAAACCGAUGCAUUGUAUGCUGGCCAUGUAGGAUACAUUAUUUGCGAUACGAAACAUGUUCAAGACGCAGUUGUCGGAGAUACGUUUCAUCAUCAAGGUGUAAAUGUAGAACCAUUGCAGACAUUUAAAGUACCAAAACCGAUGGUCUUUGCGGGUUUCUUUCCAUUUGAAGAAGCACAAUACAAUGUUUUUGAACAAUCCAUUGAACGACUAGCAUUGAAUGAUACCGGAGUUCGAAUCAUUCCAACUUCAAAUCCAGCAUUUGGGAAAGGCAUGCGAAUUGGAUUUCUCGGUCUACUUCACAUGGAGAUCUUCAAUCAACGGCUACAAUCCGAAUUCGCUCAACAAGUGAUUACAACAUUUCCUGGUGUUGCGUAUCAAUGUCGUAUUGUCGGAAAGGACAACAUCAAAGACUACGGCUCUGAUCUUUUGACCAUUUCCGAUCCAUUGAAAUGGCCCGACACAAACAUCAUACGCGAAACACUUGAGCCGAUCGUUUUUGGUCAAAUAUUAACUCCGACACAAUUCGCGUCGCUCGUGAAAAUAAUCUGUGAUGAACGACGUGGAGAUUUAAUCGAAGAAUAUUGUAUUGAUGAAAAACGAACAUUAUUAAAAUACAAAUUACCACUAGCUGAAAUAGUGUACGAUUUCUUCGACCAGCUCAAACAAAUUACAUCUGGCUAUGGAACAUUCGAUUACGAAGAUGGUGGUUAUGAAAAAUCGAACAUCGUCAAGAUGCGAAUUUGCAUUAAUCAAGAAGAAAUCGAUGAAUUAUCCGUGCUUUGCCAUGCUAAACGUGCGCAAGUCGUUGGCAAAGAAAUCGUGACGAAAUUAAAAGAAAACAUCGACCGACAGCAAUACGCCGUUAAAAUCGAAGCGAAAGUUCAUGCGACUGUACUUGCUCGACAAAACAUUCCGCCAUAUAAAAAAGAUGUAGGCGCGAAGUUAUACGGAGGUGAUAAAACACGUUUGAUGAAGCUUUUGAAGCGGCAAGAAGAAGGCAAGGAACGCAUGAGAUCCAUCGCUAAUAUUCAAGUGCCGCGUGAUGCAAUUAUUGCUGUAUUAAAAAGAAAAUGA